GUAAAGGGAAGAAAUUCAUUGAGGAUCCUCACAUUGAUAAAUAGGUCAUAGCACAAUGCUCAGGACAAAGGUUAAGGUUAAACAAAGUCGAGAGAUCUGCACUCAUGUCUUUCCAUUCUCUUACCCUUCUUACCAGACUCGUUCCUCAGCCUGGCAUUAUAUAACAUGGAAUCCUUACCUAAAGACCCGCGCGACAUCUUCAAGGUCUUGAGUCCGCUGGCACUUGGGGCUCAGUUACUAUUAAUUGCCCUGGUCGUCGUCCUCGUGAGGCGCCGCUACCUGAGUUCCAUUUCAGAUAUCCCAGGUCCAAAAUGGGCCGCCCUUACUCGGUUAUGGCACAUAAAUCAGAUCUGGUCUGGACAUCAGAAUUUAACAUUUUUAGACCUCCAUAAGAAGCAUGGUCACUUCGUUCGCAUCGGGCCCAACGAAGUCAGCGUCACUCACCCAGACGCUAUCAAGAAGUUGAUUCUUACCCCUCAACGCAAAGGCUACUGGUACCAAAUUAUGCGAUUCCCCGACUGGCGAUUCAUAACACCACUAUCAACGACGGAGCCCAAAGAGAAAGUCGAGCGGUCCAGACAAUUAGCCUCGGCCUACGCCAUGAGUAACGUCAUCAAGUCAGAAGAGCUCAUUGGCGGUCUGAUCUCCAAGUUGACGGGCUGGAUGGACAAGCAUGCUGACGCCCGUGAACCGAUGGACCUCGCCAGCUUCUUUACCUAUACUGCUUUCGACGUCGUGGGAGAGCUCGUCUUCUCUAAGCCGUUCGGCUUCCUCGACCAGGGGAUCGACAUCGAUAAUAGUAUCUCCCAGGCCAUUGGGCUCGAGUGCUACGUCUCCAUCGCCGGCUACUUCCAGUGGCUUCACAAUAUCCUCGUGGCGAACCCUUUCCUCACUUGGCUCGAUAUCAUGCCUACAAACUACUUGUCGACGACGUCGAACAAGGCACUUGAAGCGCGCAGGGCGAACCAAGAUGCUCGAUUCGACUUUGUGGCCCAUUGGCUCAAGGCGCACGAACAAAACCCUGAUCGUCUGACGUAUCGGGAUGUGGGUUCUGCCUGCAUGGCAAAUGUCGGCGCUGGCUCGGAUACUGUUUCUUGCGUUCUGCAGUCAUUUGUCUACCAUGCACUCAGACAUCCCAGCGUCUGGAAUAGCGUCCGUCAGGAGAUCGACGAGGCCAGAUGCGGAGGGCUGUGCACCGACGACGUCAUUUCCUACGCCGAUGCGCUGAAGCUGCCCUACCUGCAGGCCUGCCUCAAAGAAACGAUGCGAAUAUUUCACCCCAUUGCCUUGGGAUCACCGAGAAUUGUCCCCGAGGGCGGCCUCACAAUCGACGACCAUACCUUCCGCGAGGGCACGAUCCUUUCGCUCAACGUUUUCGCCAUGAACCUCUCGACGGACAUCUGGGGACCGGACGCGAAACAGUUCAAGCCCGAGAGGUGGCUGGGCAAGGAUGCCGCUGUUUUGGAGAAACACUUUAUUCCCUUUUCGGGAGGCAUUAGCACUUGCCCCGGCCAACAUUUGGCCCGUAUCGAGUUGUCGAAGAUCUUAGCCACGAUUGUACGCGACUACGAUAUCUGGCAGGUGAAUCCCGACCAGGAAUGGCAUUACCAUGCCUAUUUCACGACGGUGCCCGGCAACUGGCCUGUUUACAUAAAGAAGAGGAAGGCUCAAUAAUUGCGCCGACACGUUUUUCCCUUUGUCGCGAGUAAACCAUAUUGACAUGUGUUAAUGAGGGAUGGUAAAGAUAGAUAGUUGGCAGUCCGUGCCUUGCAAGGAAAGCCUCCUUUUGUUUGGGGGGGUGUAAUAGUGUUUCAGCCGACCGGACUCAGAAAUUAUACUGCGAAGGCGUUUUGGGGGGAGGUAGCGGGGGAGAGAGAAGGGGAAUGAUGCUAUGUAGAGCUACUGGGGUAGGUGGUUUUGACAUUUUGUUUGGACAGCAUUACAACACGACUGGUUGGUAGCUACCAUUUGAGCGUUACCAUGGCGAUGCGCAUUAUAUAUUAUUAUUAAAUACGCCGUAGG